UUGUCAUGAUGUUGAACAAAGCUAUGAUUCAGAAUGAUGGGGAACAAGAAGAGGAGUAUGGUGGUGUUGUUAACCUUUCAAAUCGUAAUUUGAAGACAAUUGGGCAUCUUCCAAAAGGGGUCUCUCCUUACACUCUCCUUUUAAGUAACAAUGCAAUAUCAAAGGUGGAAAAUUUACAGUACUUCAUCCACUUGCAACAGUUAUCUUUGGCUAAUAACCACAUUGUUGACAUUAAAGGAGUCAGUGCAGCAACUGGUUUGAAAGUUCUUGACCUUAGUAACAACAGUAUUGUCUCAAUUGAAGGUAUCAGUUGGUUAACAAAUCUUGAAUGGUUAAAUCUUUCUGGGAACAACAUUGAGAAAAUCGAAAACCUUGAUAGAAAUACCAACCUGUAUCACUUGGAUUUGUCAGACAAUAGUAUUGCUGUCAUAUCAGGAUUGAAAUCGCUCAGGAAUUUAAAGACUUUAUUGCUGCAUGGAAAUCUGAUAUCUUCCCUGGAAGUCAUUAAAGAAGAAGUAGCAUGCACAGUCUGCACGCUUUCUCUGGCUGAUAAUGACAUAUCAGACCUUAAUGAGAUGUUACAUUUGUCAUCUCUGAUCAAUUUGGAGCAGUUGUCACUUUUGAACAACCCUUGCAUCUUGACUAAUGGAAACUGGAGACUAGAAGUGAACUACAGGCCUUAUCUGGUAUAUUGCUGUAGAAACCUUAGGAAUCUGGAUGGACAUUUGGUGAACAAUGAUGAAAGAAUACUUGCGAGACUGCUGGAUCAGGCAUUCAGUCACAUUGGCCAUCCUUCCUCAGGAGAGCAUUAUGAACUUGUGUCCAUUUUACAUCAUAUUUGCUCAGAAUCCCAGGAAGAUACCCAGACAGCAGGAGCGCAUAUAGGGGAAGAUGUGGAUUUUAUUCUUCCAGACAGCAACACUUUAUUGGAAUCAGAAAGUUUCUUCAUUCCAGUUCCUAUCUCUGAUGAAGACCAAACAGAAUCAGAUGAUCCCAUCAUGACAGAAGAAGAAGCUCUGCGACUGUUUAGUUUGGCAGCCACAAUAAUUCAAGCUCAUGUGCGUGGUUAUCUGGUGAGGAAGAAGUUUGACUUCUGUCAGUACCGACAAAGGAAAUAUGCAGCAGCUUGCAUUCAGGCAGCUUGGAAGGGAUAUCGUGCUCGUACUAGAGACAUCAAAAUUGUCAACAUAAGGAACGAAUUAAGAGUGCGAAGGUUGAUAUCCAUUAUAAACCAUUUAUAUGGUGCAUUAGACAGGGAACACGAGGAAGCUGUCAAAAGUAGAGAACAGUUUAAGAAAGCGAUAGAAUAUCUGUGGCUUCAGGUUUUGGAACAGUCCAAACUGAAUGAGGUCCAGCUUCGCAGGGAACAAAUGAAAGCAGCCAUCAAAAUUCAGACUUGGUGGAGAGGAUGUAUGGCCAGAAAGCUGUUUCCCGGCAAGAGAAUGAACCAGGAUCAAGUUGCAAUGCUCUUUGCAAUGUGUCGCCAGCUACAGACACAGUUGAAUGUUGUCACAUCCCAGAUAAAUGAUCUCACUAAAGGUAAAAUCCAAGACAACGAACCUCAACACGAAGCUGAAAAGACGGAUUCAGAAGGACAGGAUCAGUUCUACGACACAUUCGACACAUCAAAGGAGAGCGUAGAAACAAAGUUCGCCGAGGAUCCUACGUUAUCGCCUCCUGUUCAGCAUUCCGAUGCUACCUCAGGCCCGUCCCCUGAACGCUCGCUAGUUGAGGAACGAGACGAAAAAGGAGAGCUGAAAAAUUGUGAUGAAAAUAUUCCCGUGUCAGGUGAACUAGAGUCUGGAGGCAAAUUAUUGUUCACAGACGAUUCGGUUCUAUCAGAUCUUGAAUUAAACAAAGAAGCUCCACUUGCAGGCAGAAUGGAUCAGGACGCUUUCCGAUUAGCUCUUACAAAGUGUGAUCAAAAGGACUCCGGACUGAAUAUCGCGAAUUCAUCGAAUAGUUUUGAAGGGGAAACCAGAUUGUCAUCAGCCGCACCGGGAAUGGAGGAGAAACAAUUGUCCCUUCCUGAAACGAAACAUAGCGAGAACGAUACUGAGGAAGCACCCCAAGGACCUUUAGAUCUUGAAACGGAGAGAAAUAAUGAUGUUGCACGCGGUGUAGGAGAACUUUUCGAGGAAAGGAGAUCUCCUUCCUCCCUUGACCAAAAUGAGCCUCUUUCUGAGAAAGUCACCUCGAAACCUCACGUUGAAACAGGUCAAGUGAUGGAGAAUACGGCUCCACGUGUUCUUUGCUCGCUUGUGGAUUCUCAAGAAUCUGAUUCAACAGAAAAGGACCUGAACUGGGGAGCAUCUGAAGGAAAGAGUUUACAAGCCAGCAUACCGGAAAUAAUUGUUAGUAGUCCAAUUCCAACUGAUGAUGAAGAUAGUGACGAGGGGGACACAAGCAAUGUCCAGAAGGAAGUUCACAGGAACCAAAACGAGAGGAAAGGCACAGCUGAAAACUAUUCUUACACCGAUUUAGCCUGGAAGUUCUCGAGCUCGUUCCAUGUGAAGAAUUUAGAUCAGAAACUUUCCGGAGGUGAUGCAGGUAGUGAUAAAACUAGAGACGACACAUCCUUCAAGAAGGAGAGAGAUAUGCAUGAAGAACUCCAUAAAAAUGAGGUGAAGUCUUUAAGAGGAGCAGAAGGUAGUUUGCCUUUGGCAAAGUCUAAUCGCGGAAAACCGGGUGAUGAUGAAGAAGAUGCCAUCGUUACAAGCAGCUCCGUGUUCCAUGAGAGCGUUUCAAGCUUGGGUGAAAGAGCCACAACCUUACUGUCCCAGCUCAGAUCAGAAAUCGCCAAUAUGAAGACAGCUCGGCUGGGCGGUGCCUCUUCAGUCAUAACGUCGGGAGACGAUGGUGCUACUAUUGUGGUUGAAAGCACAGUGCAUGCAAACCUUGAUCCCGAGAAUGUAAACAAAAGUUCAGGUGAGCUUGCAACACAAGAGAGCAGCACUGCAAGCGAAAUAAAUGACAUUUCUAAGCCAGAACAUGCACCUGCCGUGACGUAUCGUUUGCCGUUGUUUGAAGACGUCGACAGUACAUGUACAUCUCUUUCUCUUGACGACUUUCUGUCAGACCCCGUCCUUGAAAACGUUGUUAAAGACCCCGUAUGUGACACUGUAUGUGAACUUAAAGAGACAGAUGAUUAACGCUGCGAUGUAUCGCGCUCUUUUACUUUUGAUCUCCUAUUUUUGGAAAGAAGUAUGGUUCUUCUGA